AUGCUUUAUGAAGUUAGUGUUCUUAGAUAUGGUAAUGUCGCUGGGCAAUUUUUUUGCCUAGCGGUGAUUUACGUGCGCGCACCAGAACACCAGAAAACGCCCAUGGGCUUCUUACGGCAAAAAAAAAAAAACUACUACGCCACUACUUUUUUUCUACCUCACCGUUACAUUCUCAUUUCGAAUACCAUGCUGUACGAUCCUGAAGGUCCCACUGCCAAGCAACUUUUACCGCUUUUGGUCAACGAGCUCACCAGCACAUAUGGAAUUCCCGAUGAUGCCCAAGAUGUGGCGGAAUACAUUAAUGUUUUGAUUGGAAACAACAGGACUGCGGCUGACAUUUGUUCCGAAGUCAAGGAAGUGGUCAACAUUCCCAUUGAUGAACCGUUUAUUGGUCGUGUUUUUGCGGAGAUUGCCAAGUUGGAGCAAUCGCGUCAAGAACAGGCCCAAACACAAACACAACCGCAGGCGCAAACGCAAGAGACUAGCCAGUUUCAGCAGCCAAACUUUCAAAGCGAGCAACCGCAACCAGAAAGCCAACCACAAAGCUUCCCUAAUGAACAACCACAAACUUUCCAACCUGAAAGUGUCUUCAACCAACCACAGAACUUUCAAAAUAACAACAGCGUAUUCAGCAACGCAACACAGAAUACGCAAAACGGGCAGAGCUUUCCAACUGAACAAAAUUUUGCAAGCGGCCAGAACUUCCAAAAUGGCCAGAACUUUACAAAUGAGAACGCUUUUCCCCAGUCUGCUUUUCCAUCGUAUUCAGGGAAUCAAGAUGUCCCAGCUGACUCAGAAGAUAAGCUGAUGCAUGUGGACUUCCAAAAAUUGGGCAACGAGCUCCGCAGAGCUGCUCCACAAGGUCCUAAAGGCGCUCGUGGAGGAAAGAGUGGUAUCAGCAAAGACUUUCAAAGCAACUCACGCAACCAGAAGAAAAGUUUUGGUAUGAAGAAUGCUGCCAACCUUGAAAAGGCAUUGGCUUUGAGCUCGAACGCACAAACAGUGAACAUGGCUCCAUUUGUUCCAAGGGCUCCAAAGGGUCGGUGCAAAGACUUCCCAUACUGCAAGAAUAGAGAAUGUCAGUUUUCUCAUCCCACGAAAAAGUGUUUUGCGUAUCCAAACUGCCCAAAUCCUCCUGGAACUUGCGAUUACUUGCAUCCUUCUGAGGACGGUGAGUUGAUGCAAGAGUUGGAAAAGACUAAGCGCCAAUUCAUGGACCGCAAAAAGGAACGUAUGAUGGUGCCACAGGUAACCUUGUGCAAAUACGGCAUUUUGUGUUCCAAAGAAUUAUGUCCAUUUGGCCACCCAACACCUGCCAAUAAAGACGCUAAGGUGAUUAUUCCUAAGUGGUGCAGAGAGAACAAGAAUUGUCAGAACGAGAAUUGUGAGUACGCACACUCGUCUCCAAAUUACCAAGCGCCAGUUCAAGCUCCGGCGCCUGCAGCACAAUAUAUUAAGAUCCCUGGAGGUAGCGGGCCUAAAUUCAUGAAUAAGACUGGGCCGAAAUUUUCGAAUUUCAACAAGCGGACGCCUACUACUUUAGAACAGUGCAAGUUCGGAAUGAACUGCACGAAUCAGCUGUGCCCCAAAAGACACUCAACUUCGAGUGUUGCUUGUCGCGGAGGCUACAACUGCACUCGUUUGGACUGCACUUUCAAUCAUCCUAUUGAAGAAGAUUGUCGCUUUGGCAACGAGUGCAAAAACAAGUACUGUUACUUCAGACACCCUGACGGACGUGAAAGAGCGCUUUUUGAAAACAGCAGCGAUUCCACAAGCAACCGCUCUUUUGCUGUGCCAGAAGACCAGGUGAUGGAGCAAGCAGUCCAACAGUAA